CAUUAGCUGUUGCUGGCCCAUCACUUAUUUUCAUGGGCUCCCUUGUCACCUCUCCAUUCAAUCAUUCUGCCCGUUCAGCCCCGCCGAAGAUGAACGUGGUGCAUGCUCUGCGCUCGGAGCACCUGGCCGCGCCGCGAGUGGAGGCGAUGGAGCGGCCGAACCUGCGGACUGUGGAUCAGCUGAGCCCAGAGAUCAAGGUGGAGAAAUAUGUCCUGCUGAGCCUGGAUGGGAAGCUGCUGGGGCCAGAGCUGAGCCGGAUCCGGAGUGAGAUGGCUCUGCCCCUGGAGCGCCUGGAUGUGGCGCUGCCCCAGGAUCUGCCCAAAGGCUACCUCUCACGCCAGCGUCGCUCCCUGCCUGCCUUUCCCUUCUCUCCUGCCAAGAGCCCCUGCAGCUCUCCAGGCCUCAGGAGUCCCAGGAGGAGCACGGAAGCGCUGUGUGCUGGCCACUUCCCCACGGGUCUCAGUCAGCUUGUGACAGGGUUGCAGAGUCCUGGGGCGCGAGCCCCUGUGUCGUCCUCUCCUCGGGGUGCAAGAAGUCUGGCUGCACAACCCAGGGUUACCCCAGCCAAGAUCACUGGCAGCAAGGCCAAGGCAGGUGAAGCUGUGUGCCACAGCCAUGGGCACCGGGUGCAGCCGGACUCUGACAGGAAGCAGCAACAGACACGGGGUGGAAAAGGGGCUUGCUAA